UGCGCAUGCUCAGAUGGCCUUCUACGGUUAGCGACUGAAAUCUGUCAGAUCAGCGGAGCGUACAUUCCUCUAAUACCUUCAAAUAUUUCAUUCUGCUGUCAACUCCUGGUCAGUGCCCGAGACUUAAAUCUAGCUCGAGGUGUCAUCGGAUUUGGAUUCUAACUUUUCGACGUCCGUAGCCGAAGCAAACAGCAAAGAAUGACGAGCAGUUCAAAGCGGAAAGAAGAAAGUCAUCUGCUGAAUGGGGGUGUAAAACAGUCCACAUGGAGCAAAGCCUUCAGCAGUAACGCUGUUUGGGAAGAGAAGGACGAGUUUUUAGAUGUGAUUUACUGGCUCCGACAAAUUAUUGCAGUAAUCCUUGGUGUGAUAUGGGGUGUUGCACCGUUGAAAGGAUUUCUGGGAAUAGCCAUAUUCUGCAUCAUCAAUGCUGGCGUCCUUUAUGUAUACUUCAGCAGCUUUCAGCAGAUCGAUGAGGAAGAGUAUGGUGGCACGUGGGAACUCACCAAAGAAGGCUUCAUGACAUCUUUUGCUCUGUUUCUGGUGGUGUGGAUAAUCUUUUACACAGCUCUACAUUUUGACUGAGGGGAAUCCAUAAGACACUAAAUACAAACAUUUCUGUUGAAGCAAAUUGUCAAGACACAGGAACUCCAUGACUUUAGGGGUGUCAACGCUCCUACAUACAGUAUGACUCCUCAAUGUGCAGUGCAUCAUGGGAAUCCUAGUUUGAAUAACAAGAUACUGCAAGACCACCGUGAUGAACAUGUUUGAAUACUGUCUAUCUCUUUUAAUUUGAGGGUUUCUUUUUAAGGCACUCUCCAGUACACUUCCCAUUUGUUUUAUUUCCUUCCUCACUUUAUUCCCAUCAUCUCUGACAAAACGGUAAAGAUACAGAAAGCAGUUCAGCUGAAAUUUGUUUCAGUUCAAAUUAUAUUGGAACAGUACCUUGAUGUGAAACAGAAGGAGCUUUCUCUUGGUCAGCUUACUACAGGUCCUUUCUUCUGCGUUAGAAGAGUGACAUCAACAGAUUUUUGACUGUACAGAACCUAUAAGUGCAUUUAUCCGAGUUUACUGGUCAUGAGCUGGUCACUCAAAUUACAUGAACGGGGCAAUAAAAACAGUCUUGUCACACAGUCAUUACGGUUCAAUCAGUCCAUUUGUGUAAAGGCUUACCUUUGAUUUAGGGACAAAAUGCACCACAUCAGAUGUAUUAAACUACCAGUAAGAGAUUCUGUGUAAUUAAAUUUAACCCCAAAAUUAUAUGUUUAAUUUUUUGAGAAAUGAAUACGGGCUUGAUAAUUAUAUAAAAAGUGACAUGAUAGUAAAGCAUUGUUAAGGUUACCAGCUCCAGUAUGUCUUUUUUUUUUCAUAAAAAGUUAUGCUCACUAGAUAUAAACUAAGCAUUUUUGAAUAAAAUCUGUCAAUUGUUAUUUCUUCUAAAGGGUCUGGUGUCCAAGUAAAUGUGGGAAAUUGUUGCUCACCACAGCUGAAACCUAAUUUGUGCUAAUUUUAACAUCAAUCAAAUGCUGGUUGUAAGAUACACAUAUCAGCCGAUAUCCAAUCCCAAUGCCAGUAUCUGCCAGUGGUAUCGAUGCGCUGUAAUGUCAGUCAGGAACUAAUGACCAUCUAAGUUAUCUGUCCAUCUAAAUUAAUUUCUCAAUGCAAAGAGGAAGGAAAAAUGCAUGUUGUGUUCAGAUGCAAAUGUUCACAGAUUUAAGCGAAAACCUGGUUUGUGCACUGCCAUGAUUUGCUGUUCGUAUAUCUAGAUGUCAUUUAUUAAUGGCAUUAGUUAGAAGGGUAGAAAUAAUUUAAAUUUAUUGUUUUCUCACGUGUAGCUUCCAGAUCAAAGUCUUACCUGUUUUGGAAUUAAUUUAAACUUGUCUGUACAUUCUGUGCAAUGUCCCUUUUGUCAAAUCCACCUUGUAUUACACAGAUUUAUUUGUACUUAUGUUAUAUCUUGUUUGAUGUAACAUAUUUCUCAGUAUUUUAUAGAGAAGAACUUUUAAAAACAGUUCUUGCAAAGUUAUUGUAAUGAUACUGUUAUAUUAGAUAUGCAGCUGGUGUUUGAAAGGAUUGUAUUUUCUGAUCAAAUCUUUUGGGAAUCAUUAAACAUGGGCUUUAUUUGGCCUCCAUUUUCA